AUGGCUACAGCGAGCAAGGAUCCAAAGGCCAAGCCUAGUGUCCUGCGCUCCAUUCUUGCCGGCUCCUCGGCUGGAGCAGUGGAGAUUGCAAUCACAUAUCCAGCUGAGUUCGCAAAGACUCGCACGCAGCUCAAUCGCCGACUCCCCGACGGCCAGAAGUUGCCAUGGCCUCCGUUCGGCUCGCAGUGGUACGCGGGGUGCACUACUCUCAUUAUUGGCAAUUCUUUGAAGGCUGGAAUCCGAUUUGUUGCAUUCGACGCCAUCAAAGCGGCCCUUCAGGAUGAGAAUGGCAAGAUUUCGGGACCAAGAACAGUUGUGGCUGGGUUUGGUGCGGGCUUCACCGAAUCUCUUCUGGCGGUCACUCCGUUCGAGAGCAUCAAGACCCAGUUGAUUGAUGACCGAAAAGCAGCAAAGCCACGCAUGCAUGGCUUUCUCCAUGGAAGUCGUAUCAUUUGGCAAGAAAGGGGCAUUCGGGGCUUUUUCCAAGGCUUUGUACCCACUACGGCGCGGCAGGCAGCUAACUCGGCUACACGCUUCACGGCCUAUACUACCUUGAAGCAAUUCGCAGAGGGUUAUGUGGCUCCUGGAGAAAAGUUAGGAACCUUGAGUACCUUUGCCAUUGGAGGAAUCGCUGGUAUCAUCACAGUUUAUGUGACUCAACCCCUUGACACCGUCAAGACAAGAAUGCAAUCCAUUGAGGCUAGUAAGCAUUACAAGAACAGCUUCGUUUGUGCUGCCAGCAUCUUCAAAAAUGAAGGCUUCCUCACUCUCUGGUCUGGUGCUGUGCCUCGACUGGCUCGACUGAUUCUGAGCGGUGGCAUUGUGUUUACCAUGUAUGAAAAGUCCAUAGAAAUGAUGGAUCUCGUCGAUCCUGAGCGAAAGUACAUUUAA